CACGUGACACAUUCGUCAUGUGAUGUGUGGGCGGGGCCUGGUGUAAAGGGCCGGAGGUGCGUCGCUUGUUUUGGUAUUUUGGUGGAAAUUGUAAUCAUUAUCUACGCAGGAAGAUGGACACUAAGCCUGAAAACAGCAAGCUGAUUUUUGAGAAGGAAGGCGUUUACCUCCACACCAACGCCAAGAGGAGCAACGAGGAGACCUCCAUCCCCGGCUUCAUCCGCAUCGUAGAGCGGCAGGACGGAGAGCCGGCGCUGGAGUGGAGACCUGCUCAGGAUGAGGGGAAAAACGCACCCGCUGUCUUUUACACUAAAAAGGACGGAGAAGGAGGAGAGGAGGAGACGAAUUUCGACCCCGGGUACGAGCCGGACUGGGCCGUCAUCAGCACGGUGAAGAAGAGCAGAGAGAAAGAACAGCCUCCCGUCAGAGAGACAGGUCAGUGGGGUGCGUUCUCCCUGCCCCUGUCGGAGCUGUACUCCCUGCGUCGUGCUCGUUUCUCUCUGGGGAGGAACUUUGUGGUGUUGACGAGUCGAGGAGGCGACCCUCUGCCCCCGCUGCACUUCCACAGGGGCGGAACACGGGAACUGCUCCGAGCCAUGCAGAGAUACAUCCGACUCGCACCGUCCCCAGUGGAUGGACGGUUGUUCCUGGCAUACCCUCAUGACUCCGGUGCUCUCUCUCACUCGUUCGACGAGCUGCAGAUGUUUGAUGACACCAGCUCAGACCUUGUAUCUAGGUUUAUCCAGGACCCCUACGCGACCACGUUCGGUGGCUUCUCCAAGGUGACGAACUUCUUCCGAGGAGCGCUGAGACCUCCGGAGUCGCCUCUGCAUUCCCAGGGAGAAUCAUACGCACCUCGCUUAUCCGACGACGAGCCCGGAUUCGAGCUCAUAACCUGCCAGCAAGGGGCGGAGCUUGGACCCCGGCCCAAUGUGAGCAGAGGGCGGCCUCUGGACGACUGGCAGCAGUUUCUGGACUCGGAUGGCCGCGUCACAAAUCCACAGAAAGUCAAGGAGCUGGUGUUCAGAGGGGGCAUCGUUCCUUCUCUGCGGAAGGAGGUGUGGAAAUUCCUUCUGGGAUUUUAUCCCUGGAACAGCACAGCCAAGGAGCGGGAGGAUAUCGUUCGAACGAAAACAGACGAGUAUUUCAGGAUGAAGGUCCAGUGGAAGUCGAUCAGCGAAGAGCAAGAGAUGAGAAACUCCCUCCUCCGGGGAUACCGCAGCCUGAUUGAGCGUGACGUGAAUCGGACAGACAGACAGAAUCCGUUCUUCUCGGGGAACGAGAACCCGGGCCUCAUGCUGAUGAACGACGUGCUCAUGACCUACUGCAUGUAUAACUUUGACCUGGGUUAUGUUCAGGGUAUGAGUGAUCUCCUGGCGCCGCUCCUCUUCGUCACUCAGAAUGAAGUGGAGUCUUUCUGGUGUUUAACCGGCUUUAUGGAGCUAGUGCAUCAGAACUUUGAGGAAUCUCAGGAGGCGAUGAAACAGCAACUGCUUCAACUCAGCCUUCUGCUCCGAGCGCUCGAUCCUGAGCUGUGUGACUACCUGGACUCUCAGGACAGCGGCUCUCUGUGUUUCUGCUUCCGCUGGCUGCUCAUCUGGUAUAAGAGAGAGUUCUCCUUUGAGGAUAUCCUGCACCUCUGGGAGGUUCUGUGGACUCGUCUGCCUUGCGCUAACUUCCACCUGCUCAUGGCCUGCGCCAUCCUCGAGUCCCAGCGGGGGGAGCUGAUCGGCUCGAACCACGACUUUAACACAAUCCUCAAGCACAUCAAUGAGCUGACCAUGAAGCUGGAUCUGCAGAUGAUGCUGCGGGAAGCUGAGGGGAUUUAUCUACAGCUGGUCCAGUGCAAGGAAUUGCCGGCGAAGGUUCGGGAAGUUUUGGGAAUGUGCGUCACUUCCAGCUCGGACGAGGAGAGUUCUGAGUCGGAGCCCAGAGAGACGGACAGACUGCUCAGCGAAUCAGCUGCAGGGGGCGUGGCUGUUUGUCAAUCAAGUAACCAGAACGCUCCACCUCGCCCGCCUCCUACUUACCCAUAAUUCCUGUAAUACACGUUGCUGCUGCUUAGGAAUUCUAAACGCUAUAUAACACAUAAGUACAUGACAUAACUGUUCACAAAGAGUUAUUAAUGCUAAUGAACUUUUAUAGAGUUUUUCUGAAGAGCCUGAGAGAACGUGUUACUUUAUAUUACUGUACCUCACAGGAAGGAAAAACCAGAGAAUACCCAAUAUAGUCGUGUUUUAAGUGUGUGUGUGUGUGUGUGUGUGUGUGUGUGUGUGUGUGUGAGAGAGA